ACUGUUUUAUCAAUCAUAAAGACAACUGCCUGCUGCUCUCACUACAUGCGUUCCAGAUUAUGUCAUUUUAAUAUUCAGCGUUAGGGUUGUAUAAUCUGUCAUUUGCAGGGCAGGGGUUAGCAAUCCUCUGCUGCUGUUGAGCGAUCACUCGUCGCAUUUUCUUGUUUGCUCAGAAGUCUCAUGGUGUCUUCGUCUGUCUCAGGGUGUCUGGGCCUGCACAAUCACUUUGUUCACACAUUGUUUGGACGAUUUGAAAAAAACGUAUUUAUGCAAAACGAAAAAAAGGCUUGGCUACUCACGGUUCGUAUGCUGUUGUGCUUCAUCUGGCCACUCUACUCCACUUUUUUUAUAUUUCAUGCAUUUUAUGAAGGCCACAGGUUGUCUAGCGGUCUGUAGGAACUGCGCCGGUGGACGCACCAUGCUGCAGCUUUUGACCUGGUUAAAGCAAAUGCUGGUUCAUCCACGUAAUGGGUCCCUACCAAACCCUCACUCCACACCUGUUACUUGUGCUCAGCUAUUCAGCACGGCCAUCCAGAUAACUUUCAUCUUUCAUCAAGAUUGAUCCCCGCCUUAUCUAGUCGGACUGAAGCCAAAGGUGGCCACUUCAAAGCGCUGGAUUCUCUCGCCCAUUUUCCAGUGUCGUUUUUGCUGUAAUAGGGUCUCAUCUAGAGAACAGAGAGCAGACAGAAAGAAAGAAGGAAAGAAAGAAAGAAAGAAAAGAAAAAAGUCUCCUACUGAUUUUUUUUAAGUCAAGUUAGGGCCAUUAAGGAUGAUUCACCAAAUUGCCGGGGUAAUUAAUUGAAAUGAAGAUAUUAAAUAUGCAGUGUGGUGUUUUUAGGGGUUUUGGGGGUGGCUUCGUUGCUGUCACGCCGGCCAUUUCAGUGAUGGCAGAGACUGGCGCACUGGCGUCUCUGUAAUUACCCCCCAUUUUACCCGGCAGCUGUUGGCCAUUAGGGGUCUUUGUUCCAGAUGUUGCGUUGCCAGAAAUGGAAUUGAUCACCCUAAUGGGCUUAGAAAAAGAUCAUUGGCUUAUGUAAUGGCCCCCUUCUCUUCCGUGUUACUCACAACAGAAAUGUCAUUUGGUUGUGUAGAGAGCAAAUCAGGUGAAAGACCAGAUCCUCCACCUGUCUUUGUAGCUCCCCAUCCCUCGGACCUUCAUAGGUACUGCAUGACAUUCCAGUCCAGGAAGCCCUGGAACUUGGAGAUGACCUGGUUCCCCUCAUUCAUGCCAGAGGAAGUGGCAUGUUUUCAAUAUGAGCCUUGGCCCACUAUUCAGAAAGGUUUUGUGUCCUCAGUUCUCUCUCUGCUGCCUAUUGUGCAGCUGAGCUCACAUUUCAUAUGUAGGGGAGGACGUAGCGGUCCUUUUCAUUUCAUAUGUAGGGGAGGACGUAGCGGUCCUUUUCAUUUUGUAUGUAGGGGAGGACGUAGCGGUCCUUUUCAUUUCAUAUGUAGGGGAGGACGUAGCGGUCCUUUUCAUUUUGUAUGUAGGGGAGGACGUAGCGGUCCUUUUCAUUUUGUAUGUAGGGGAGGACGUAGCGGUCCUUUUCAUUUCAUAUGUAGGGGAGGACGUAGCGGUCCUUUUCAUUUUGUAUGUAGGGGAGGACGUAGCGGUCCUUUUCAUUUUGUAUGUAGGGGAGGACGUAGCGGUCCUUUUCAUUUUGUAUGUAGGGGAGGACGUAGCGGUCCUUUUCAUUUUGUAUGUAGGGGAGGACGUAGCGGUCCUUUUCAUUUCAUAUGUAGGGGAGGACGUAGCGGUCCUUUUCAUUUUGUAUGUAGGGGAGGACGUAGCGGUCCUUUUCAUUUUGUAUGUAGGGGAGGACGUAGCGGUCCUUUUCAUUUUGUAUGUAGGGGAGGACGUAGCGGUCCUUUUCAUUUUGUAUGUAGGGGAGGACGUAGCGGUCCUUUUCAUUUUAGAGUUGGAAUGCAGUUGGAAUGCAGGCCACAUUUCUUUCUUCCAGACACAUCUGAGAAUGUGUGAUCUGACAUCCUGCACUCACAAAUACCUCCUUAUGAGUUAGUUUGCAUGUGUGGAAGAGAGUUUGAUGAUUUUGAUUUGGUUUUAAAAGAAUGAAACUCAGCCUACCUUACAAAGAAAGAUGAACUCUCCUGGUCCCCGAUUUCAAACUUUAUAAAUACUCACACGUUUCCUCUCUGCCAUGUCAGACUUAUUCACUUAAUGAUAAGGCCUAACUCCAUUAAUUAGCAUCCUGAUAUGGUAUAUCACCAUCUUAAGGUUGUCGGUUGACACCCUUGAAUGGAUUCAACGUCCAACUUAACUAAACGGAAACGACAACUAUUCUUUGUCUUUUCUUAUUUCAUUUUUAUUCGUCGUUAUUUGUUUCUUUAGCUUUAGUUCCUCAUUUUCUUUGGCUAAGUUAUUUUAUUUCAGUUUCAAAACCAUUUGUUUUUUUGUCUUCGUUUUAGGUCAUGAUACUGUAUGUGUUUUGGUAUGUGUUGGUGAGAGCGAGAUUCUAGGGAGAAUAGCAUAGGAAGCGGUGGACUCGGACCUAAUGAGGCAUGGCUAUGCCUCUGGCCUUUGCCCCAGGCUAUGGUGUGUAGUUUUGCAUAGUGUUAGUAUGAGUGUUUUGUGUGUGUGUGUGUGUGUGUGUGUGUGUGAAUGUAAGAAUGCCUAUUCUCUACUACUGAGAGAGAAAACGAGUGUCACUGUUUUUUUUCUCUCCAUUUUUCUAUCUAUUUUUUUCUUCAACCACCCCUACCCCCCCAGGCCCCCAGACCUCAGACGGAUUUUGUGGAGCUUCUGACGGCAUGCAGUGAAAUCAACGAGGCGUCCUGCCUCUAUUCACUGUGGGAUGAGGGAGAGAGAGAGAGAGAGACUGAGCAAUGGAAUAAAAAAAAGAGAGAAAGAGAGCAGUGAAGAGAGUG